AUGACCACCUCAUCUCUAGAAGGGCAGGAAGCAGCAUUGUAUCAUUCCAAAUUUCGGCCAUCGAGACAUGCUGAUGACCCAGAUAUACGUUCUGCGCAGACCGCGAAAGAUGAAUACGUCUACAUUGCCGAUAGCUACAGCUUCAUUCGGCAGAUCGUCCUCAUCAUCACGGUGUGUUCAUCCAUGUUCACCAAUCAGUUGGGCCUAUGCAACAGCCUCACGACGCUCGAAAUAAUCGGAAAGUCCUUUGGAGUCACCAAUCCUGGUAAACUCUCGUGGACAAUCUCUGGCUACGGCUUGACUCUAGGCACAUUUGUCUUGAUUGGAGGACGUUUGGGUGACGAGUUUGGCAACAAGGCAAUCUUCAUUACUGGUAUGGGCUGGCUUGCUUUGACAAGCAUGAUGGCAGGAGCCUCUGUCUACUCCAGCUACCCCGUCUACAUCCUUGCUCGUGUCCUGCAAGGCAUUGGUCCCGCCUUAACUGUACCUAAUGCCCUCGCCAUCAUGGGCAAAUGCUUCUCCCAGGGCCCUCGAAACAUGGGAUUCGCAUGGUUUGCCGCAUCAGCCCCAGUCGGUGCCAUGGCAGGUCUUCUCUUUGGGCCGCUCUUUGCAAUGGCUUGGUGGCCAUGGAUCUACUGGAGUCAGGCUUUGGGGGUUGCCUUUCUCUUUAUCCUCGCUUUUUUUGCAAUUCCAAACAUGCCUGUCGAGAGUGAGCACAAGCAGCGACGAACGAUGCGCGAAACUUUGGACCGCCUUGAUUUCCUAGGAGGUGCAAACGGUGUGACAGCUCUGGUUCUGUUCAACUUCGCCUGGAAUCAGAGCCUGGUCACUACUUGGGACGAACCCUAUGUCUAUGUAUGCCUCAUUCUUAGUUUCUUGUUCCUAGCGGCUUUCUUUUACAUCGAACUUCGCGUAGCUCGCCAUCCAAUCCUACCAGUCGCUGUCCUCACUUCCGACAUUGCCUUCGUCAUUGGUUGUACAGCAGCGGGCUGGUCCACAUUUGGCAUCUGGCUUUUCUAUGUCAUCCGGAUAUGCCUCAAUAUUGGUGGUCAAACUCCCAUUCAACUGGCUGCAUGGCUUUCUCCUAUCCUCGUCACCGGCAUAGCAACAGCAUUGGUCGUUGGAAAGAUAAUCAACCAGGUCCCAGCCGCGUCUAUCAUGCUGUUUGCAAUGCUUUGCUACUUCCUCACUUCCCUUCUCAUGGCGUUGCGACCCGUACACUCGACGUACUGGACCUACUUUUUUUUCGCUACUAUCAUCGCCACCUUUGCAAUGGAUUCAUCGUUGCCUGCUGCCACGAUCAUCUUCUCGAACGCAGUGCCCCGACAGUACCAGGGUAUGGGAUCUAGUGUAAUCAUGACGAUUGUUGUCUACAGUAUAUCGCUGGGCCUUGGCUUCGCUGGUACCAUUGAGCUCCAGAUCAACAAUGGCGGACACACCAAGGCAGACUUGCUUCAUGGUUACCGGGGCACUCUCUGGUUUUCUGUCGGGUUGACGGCAUUCGGCACUCUUCUCGCUUUGAUCUUUCUACUUAAAGAUUUUCGAAGACGAAAGUUGGCGCCCUAUUGA